AUGUCAUCUGAAAAUAUUAUCAAAUAUGAGCCUGUAUCAUCCAAAGAGGCCACAAGCACAUUUGCUGAUGGUAUCGGUACUAGUCUAUUGCCCCAGCUCGAAUCAGACAUCGAGUCAGUCCGGCGACCAACAGUCGCCAUCAUGUCUGUUGGAGAGAUGGGCCUUGGUAUCGCCGGCUUAAUGUCCAAAUACUCAUACCCUGUGAUUACAAGCCUUGAAGAGCGGAGUGAGAAAACCAAGGCUCAUGCUGCAAUGGUGGGAGUAAAGGAUGUACCUUUUGAUGAUCUGCCAUUCGUAGCAGACAUUUUUCUUUCGAUCGUUCCGCCUGCGGCGGCACAGGCCACGGCUCUGAGGGUUGUUUCCGCUUAUAAGAACGCGAAUGGGAGGAUACGGUCCCAUAAAUCCCGUCCACUGGUCUUUAUGGAUCUUAAUGCUAUAUCACCGGCCCUAUCCCAAACAAUAGGAUUGACCUUGCAAGAAAGUGGUGUUAUAUUUGUGGAUGGGGCGAUCAUUGGCUUCCCGCCUCGGCCAAUUAAUGACGGAGAUGAUAUCUGGUUUCGGCCAUCUAUUCCAGUCUCUGGCCCAGAGCUUAAAUCGGCAAUUGGAGAUCCAUGGGCUGAGCAUUUUUCUUCGCUGCUGAAGCUUCACCAUGUUGGUGCAGAUUUGGGCGCAGCGAGUGGCUUAAAGAUGUGUUUCGGUGCCAUGUACAAGGGACAGGCAGCUGUUGCUACUCAGGCCUACACUACAGCCCAAAAUUUGGGAGUCUUGCCAGCUCUUCGAGCUCAUAUGCUUGAAUAUUUUCCACACACUACCCCUAUCAUUGAGGGAAGCAUUAUCGGAUCUCAGCGCAAGGCAUAUCGCUGGAUUCGAGAGAUGGAAGAAAUCGAGGAAACUUUUGUCUCAAUGGGAGGAUGGGAGCCAGAGCUUUUUCGCGGGGUCAAGGAUGUAUUCAAACUGGUUUCCCAACAGACUGAUUUACAGAAAGAUCCUAAGAUGGAGGUGCAAGAUGUCACAAGGGAUAUUUGCGGUGGACUUCAGAAUGGGCGUUGUGUAUCCAGACUUCAAAGGUCCGCAAUUAGGAAACUUCAAUAA